AUAUUGUACAGUCGGUACAGUAUCAUUCCGUUUUCCUUCACGCGCGUACAAUCUCAGAAUCAACUCAACAUACGAAAGUGAUGCGCACGCAUUUCUUGUUGGUUAUGGCCAUACGACGUAACGUGUAGAUUGUAAAAGAAAGUUUCAUCCAAGGAUUAUUAGCUUUGCCAGUUUAUCAAAUAAACUAGAAUAUAUGGACUAGUGGUUUACUUGGGGCUACAGACUGAUCAUUUUCUACGUUAUAUUCCGGAUCACGCACGUGCUUAUACACUAAUAAUAAUAAUUAGUGAUUUGUUGCAACAGUUGUGUUUACAAGAGAUAUAACAUUUGAUAUGGACCGAAAACGUCAAAGAAAAGAUAUCUUAUAUGUAUCCAAGCGACAUCUUAGAAGAUUAGCAGCACAAGAGGCGGAUAUUAUAUCUGCAAAAAUAUUUCAGAAUACUUCGUUGUCGCGUAAUGACAGUACAUGCACAGCAAAUGUGAUUAAUGAUAGAAAUAAUGACAGAAUUGAUUCUACAAUAGAUAUUGAGAAAAUGGACUUUGACGAUGUCGACUUUGUACAAUAUGAAAAUAGUCAAUGUGACAACGAGUCGGAAUCAUUACAAUCAUCUUUUAACGUUUCUCGUAAUGAAUUGAACGAUGAAUUAAAUGUGGCAUCUGAACAUGUAAACGAUUUUCAAGAUGAAAUUACAUUUUGGGCUGUAGAGCAUCAAAUAACACAUACUCCUUUAAAAGCGUUGCUGUUACUGUUACGGAAGCAUCAUCGUUGCUUUUCUACAUUCUCUUUGGAUGCACGAACGUUUUUAAAAACACCCAGACGUCAAGACAUCCGUACAGUUAUACCAGAUUCACAAUCACCACAAGGUACCACUAUGAAGACUAAAUGUCUGAAUACUAAAAAUAUAGUCUCACAAAGUUUUACCAGUCAUUCAAUUAGUUUGGAUUUAGAUAACCGAGUCCUGGAGAAUGCUGAAAUAAUCGAUACAAAGACAUCACGAGAUGACGUUACUGGAUCUUACAAUUUCUGUGGUGCAAUAGAAGAGGGUGAUUUAGAUGUAAACUCCACUGAAAACCAAGCCGAUCCACUGAACAUUGAUGAACGUUUUAUUGCUAAUGAUGAAAAUAUUCCUCCUUCCCAAGUAAGAUUAAUAGGUCGGACUAUAAAUUAUGAAGGAAGAUCUGAUUUCGAACGCUAUGUUCUUAAAAAAUUCCAACAUCUGGAAAUUAAAAUAAAUUAUAUCGCAAAACAGCAAAAACAGAUUUUGAAUAAGAUAUCUCAUGCGACAUCAGUACAGAUAGAAGAAGAGCAGAAGAUAGAUGUUUUCCAAGAUUUACCUUUGAGAAACAGAGAUGAUUUACAAAUUAUGGAAAAUAAGCUUGAUAAUGAACAUUAUCGGAAUGAAAUGAUUAAGCAAUUGCAAAGAUUAACAAGACAUGACGUGAAGCAGUCCUGUUUAUGUUUAAUGAAACAAAUUCUAUCUAAUGAAGUUGCAGUGCUGUUUAGUUGGCAUGGUGCCAAAGGAAAAGAACAUUUUUCUAAAUUGAGCUUGUGCAAAGUUAUUUUAAGUGUGAUAAGAAAUGCACACGAAUUUGUAAAGGAUGAACAGAUUAGUAAUCCUAUAAAAAUUUGGUUGGCACAUGCUAAAGAACGCAUGGAUCGAGAGAGAGAAAAAAAAAGACAAAAUGAAGAUGAGGUUCGAAACAACGAAGAACCAGACGACAGUCAUUAAUCACAAUUCCUGUGCCUGUAUUUUUCUCAACAAAGGUCGACAUCCUGCUUAAUAAUUUUUAGACUAAUGUUAAUCAUAUGAGAGAAUUGCAACAGUAUUAUUGUUUAUAACGUAAAGUAUUAUUUACAAAUAAUUUUUAUAAAUUUAUUAUAUAUAAAUAAAAUAAAAAUAUUUUAAUAUGUAUGUUAGAAGUCGUGUAUAAAAUAAAUGUGAUAAUCAUUCAUGUGUUUUCGAUGAUUGAAAAUAAUAAAAAAAAAAACAUCAAAACACAUGCUAGAAAUUAAAUUCGAAA